AUGAAAGUUGCAGCUGCCCUAACAUUACUCGCCUGUUGUUUGGCCGUUGGCUACUGUCAGGGACCGGAGGAACCUGAACCGUGGAGGGGUGUAUCUGAUCCAGCAGAACCCGAACCAUGGAAAGCCGUUUCUGAUCCAGCCGAGCCUGAACCGUGGAGGGGUGUAUCUGAUCCCGCUGAACCCGAACCAUGGAAAGCCGUUUCCGAUCCAGCCGAGCCUGAACCGUGGAUGGGUGUAUCUGAUCCCGCAGAACCCGAACCAUGGAAAGCCGUUUCUGAUCCAACCGAGCCUGAACCAUGGGCACUGAUUCCGGACGGUGCGGGUCGUAUGCACAUGGUCAACAUCAACCCGGUUGACGUACCGGAGGGAGAGGAUGAAGUCGAACCACUGUUCACCCCGGAAACUGACGUUAUCUUCCGAAUGUACAGCAGACGCAAUCCGGUGCAUCCGCAGAUAAUUCGGUGGGACGACCCCUCAUCGAUUUCCAACUCGAACUUUGACCCCUCAAAUCCUACUCGCUUCUUGAUUCACGGUUGGGUUGAAGGAGAAGAUGCUACGUUGCAUUGGGUUAUCAAGGACCACUAUUUGCGUGUCGGAGACUUCAACGUGAUCAACGUCGACUGGGGUGAUGGAGCUCAGACAAUUAACUACAUUGCCGCGCGUAACCGUGUUGGUGGAGUCGGAAUGAUUGUGUCCCGGGUGAUUGACGUGAUUCGUGCUACCACCGGCCAAUCGCUGGAUAUGAUUAACGUUAUUGGAUUCAGUUUGGGAGGCCAUGCUGCUGGAAACGCUGGCAAAGGACAGAAUGGUCAAUUGAACUCGGUUAUUGCUCUGGAUCCAGCUGGUCCGUUGUUCUCGCAAGGUCAGGCCGAUACCUUGGCCGCAACCGAUGCCAUUUAUACGGAAGCUAUCUACACGAAUGCUGGUAAUUUGGCGUUCGAUGCCCCGUUGGCACAAGCCAAUUUCUAUCCGAACGGAGGACGUUCGCAACCGGGUUGCAUCACGUCGAUUUGCGCGCAUAACCGAGUUAACGAGCUGUUUGCCGAGUCGGUAUCGACUGCCAAUCACUUCGUUGCGAUGGAGUGUGCCAACUACAAUGAAAUUCUGAAUGGAGGUUGCUCAUCCGUUGGACCGUACGCCAAGAUGGGUGGAGAACCGUCGAACCGUGGACGUGGAGUGAGUGGUGUGUACUACCUGCGCACGAAUUCAGCUUCGCCUUUCGCCAGAGGUUGAA